GGCGGGGUUUAUUAUCUAUCUUAUCGCUCACUUUAUCGCCGUUGAACCGUCCCGCGCCUCUAUUUACUGUCGACUGGACCCACUUGUAAACAACCUGCACAAUGCAACACCCGUGAUAUCGUGAAGUUUAUACCCGCUGAUACUCGACACACGCCAGCAUUGAGCCUGCUGUGCUUAUCACGCCCUCUUCAAACCUUCCGAAUGACCAAUCUUUGGCGCUUCAACGCAAGGGGUGACCCUAACCACACGACUCGUGUCUCACCCAUCGACUGGCUGUUCCUCGGCAAAUCUUUCCCCAGUCAUCUGGAGUUCAUCUGGAGUUUGGCAGCUCUUCCACCAUGUCGUCUGUCGAUUCCUCUCCUUGCGCCGUACAUCAGAAUAUCCGCGUCUCUAUCUCUUUUUGUGUCUGCAGCGCAGUAUCUACUUCCAGCACUUUGCCUUCUUGAACAUCUUGACUUGCGACGUUGUGUUCGGUCAAGCUCGGGUCCAACGGACAUCCUUCAAGCCACACUCGGGCAGUGCCCCAGGCACCACCUUUCCAUCCAUGUAUCUCGCGAGUAGAUUUCGCUCUCACCAUCCCUAAAUCUUCCUUCCAAUCAGGCAACUGAAUUGCUGACACCCCUCUUGUCGUGAAGGAACAAAAGUUUAAGUA